AUGCUGGCCCGCGUCAGGACACCACGGCGAUUCAAGCAAAUCACGCGUUAUACUCGUCUUUUACAUGCAUUUUGUGUCCCGCAGAACGAUAGUCGAUGGCCUGAGUGGAAUGUCGUAAUUGGAAUCGAAGUGCAUGCUCAAAUCAAGUCACGAAGCAAGCUAUUCUCUGACACAUGGACUUCAGACUACACGCUCCCGCCUAACACACGGGUUUCCCCAUAUGACGCCGCAUUUCCUGGGACAUUACCUCUAUUGAACCCCAGAUGCGUUGAACUUGGUGUUAGGACUGCACUCGCACUCAAUGCCAAGAUCGAGCCGCGCUCUGCCUUCGACAGGAAACAUUAUUUUUAUGCAGACCUUCCUGCUGGAUAUCAAAUUACCCAGUACUAUGCUCCAUUGGCGACAAGUGGCGGUCUUCGACUCGAAAACCGAGAGAAGUACGUCCGCAUCAAGCAAAUUCAACUUGAACAGGACACAGGAAAAUCUACAUUUGAUUCACGGGAAGGCAUUUCGGCUAUAGAUCUCAACAGAGCUGGUACAGGACUAAUGGAGAUUGUCUCUGAACCCGACCUCAGAUCUCCUGAAGACGCAGGUGAAUAUGUUAGAACGCUACAGGCAUUGGUGCGAUCGAUAGGAUCCAGCGAUGGAAACAUGGAGCAGGGAUCGCUCCGCUGCGACGUCAACGUCUCGGUCAAUAGGCAUGGUGCUCCGCAUGGAACGCGUUGUGAGAUCAAGAAUUUGAAUAGCGUCAAGUUCAUGAUGGUGGCUAUCACUUCGGAAGUACGUCGACAGAUUGACCUAUUGGAAAGUGGGCGAGCUGUCGCUCAGGAGACACGGGGUUUCAAUGAGGAUAAAGCCGAGACAUAUUCGCUCCGCAGUAAGGAGGAUGCGCCGGACUACAGAUACAUGCCAGACCCUAAUCUCCCACCGUUGCUGAUUGACGAGGCAUAUGUUGAAAAGAUGCGAAAUGAGAUGCCCGAGUUGCCCGAUGCAACUCGAGCACGGUUGCAAGCACUCGGUCUAUCUCGCAGAGAUACGGACGUCCUCAUGGAAGUCGACUCGGGGCGCGAGGUCAGAUUUGAUGGCGAGGUAGGGCGAGGAGCUGUCGCCUACUUCGAUCAGAUUUCACAGGGACGUGAUCCAAAAGUGGUUGUUAAUUGGAUCACUCACGAGCUGCUGGGUCAGCUGGCUUUCCGGAGGGAGACAUUCUCAGAUAACCAUAUCUCAGCCGAACAGUUGGGCGACCUGAUUGACAUAGUGCAACAGGGACGUCUAACCGGGUAUGUUACACCAGGGACGUCUGGAAAAACACUUCUCCGCCACAUGCUGGACCACUGCUCGGAAGAGAUGCCAUCUAAACUCGCUGAGAAAUUCUCCCUACUUGCUGUCAGCAGUGAUGAUAGUGCAUUAGAGAGAUGGUGCGCAGAGGCUAUCGCAGCCUUACCACAGGAGGCGGAUGCAGUCCGCCGCGGGAAUGAUAAAGUAAUCAACAAAAUUGUUGGGCGUGUGAUGAAAUCGAGCAGGGGAACGGCCAACGCACAAGCUGUCAGAGCAAUACUGCUCAAGAUGCUGCAAUGA